AUAUCGUACUAAUUUUAGUAGCUAAACAUCUCACCAACAAAGCAAAGAAAAAUUGUGUGUAAUAAUGGAUAGCCAUUGUCACCUCAGUAUUGCUCACUAUUUGCUUCUUUUGCUUUUGGUCUCUUCUUGCAUGCAGAGUACUACUAAACUCUGUUUCUGUUUGGCUGGUGAUGAAAUUUCAAGCAGUGUGAAGACAAAUUCAUGCAUUGACGAAGAAAGACAAGCGCUUCUGGUCUUUAAACAGCAUCUUGUUGAUCAUUCUGGUCGGCUUUCGUCUUGGGUGGGUCAUGAUUGCUGUCGAUGGGAAGGUAUUUCAUGCAACAACAGCACUGGUCAGGUCAUGAAGAUGGACCUCCGGAAUCCAUAUGACUAUUUUUAUUAUGAAAGGUGGAUAAAUGCUUCUUUACGAGGUAAGAUAAAUGCUUCUCUGUUGAGCUUGAAACAUUUAAAUUACCUGGACUUGAGCCAGAAUGUGUUUGAUAGCAAUCAAAUUCCUAAGUUCAUUGGGGAGCUUAAAAGUUUGCAAUAUCUCAAUCUCUCCCAUGCAUCAUUUAGAGGAGAGAUUCCCUCUUCUCUUGGUAACCUGUCAAGCCUACAUUUUCUUGAUCUCGGGUGGAGCCAGAAUGUGUUUGACUUAUCUUCCAAAAAUUUGAAUUGGCUUUCUCACCUCUCUUCCCUGAAAUACAUUAAUCUCAAUGGCGUUGAUCUUAGCAGCACAGGAGUCAGUUGGGCAUAUGAUAGUAACAUGCUUCCUUCAUUGUUAGAGUUACAUUUAUCUUCGUGCCAAAUUGAAAGCAUUAACUUCCUUCCACUUUCUCUACAGAGGAUUAACUUCACAUCACUGUUGGUCCUUGAUAUGUCGUAUAAUGGCAUUAAAAGUUCUUCAUUUCCCGGCUGGUUUUUUAAUCUUACCAACCUCGUAACACUUGAUCUAUCCUGGAAUUAUUUCAGGGAUUCUUUUCCAAGUGAAUUUUCAAACUUCAAAUCUUUGGAAAAUCUUGAUUUAUCUGGAACAGGCUUAAAAGGUCAAAUUCCUAAAGUCAGUGGAAAUUUGUGCAAGCUAAAAGUCUUAAGUCUUUCAGGGAACGACUUUGAUGGGGGGAUUGAAGAGUUUUGGAGGAGUCUCUCAAAUUGUCCAAGUAAUACAUUAGAGUCACUAGAUUUGUCUAAUUGCAAGAUUGAAGGUCAAUUGCCGGUCUUUUUAGGAAUGUUUAAAAGUUUGCAGAAUCUCAACCUGGGAGAAAACAAUUUGUUGGGCUCAAUUCCAGAUUCCAUCGGAAACUUGUCGUCCUUGAAAACACUAGACCUCAGUUAUAAUAAGAUGAACAGCUCAAUUCAAAAAAGUAUUGGACAACUCUAUGAGCUAGUUUCCCUACUUCUGCUUGGUAAUUCAUGGGAAGGCAUUCUAACGGAAGCCCAUUUCGUAAAUCUUACCAGAUUACAACAUUUUCAAGUAGGAAAUAUAGACCGACCCAUGUCCCUCAUUCUCGGCGGGGCUUAUGACAGGGUUCCUCCUUUCAAGCUCUUCACAAUUUAUAUCCUAAACUGUCGGAUAAGUCCUGGUUUUUGGGUAUGGCUUCAAACUCAAACUGAACUGUUUGAUGUCAACCUUCGGGGUAAUGGAAUCUCGGAUUCCAUACCAGAGGAAUGGUUGUUGAAGAUAUCGUCCCAACUUACCUAUCUAGACUUGUCUUACAACCACUUUCAUGGAAACUUUCCAUCCCAUUUGAAAUGUCCAAAUUUAACGUCUAUUGAUUUGAGUCAUAAUCAGUUGGAGGGUCCACUACCACUUUGGUGUUUCCCUAAUGUCGAUUCCCUUUAUCUAGAAGGCAAUUUAUUUUCUAGGCCAAUCCCCUCAAAUAUUGAUCAAAUGAUGCCCAAAUUGCAAGAAUUGUUACUUGAUGAGAAUCAUUUGAAUGGCACUAUUCCUCCCUCUAUUUGUAACAUGCAGAAGUUAAAAAUCCUGUCUCUAAGGAGCAAUCAGUUUUCUGGAGAACUCCCUCAUGCAUGGAAUAUGGAGAGCAUUAUGGUGUUUUUAGAUGUUGGUCAAAACAAUCUGUCUGGUAAUAUGCCCACUUCAUUGGGGGUACUACGUUCCCUGGAAAUUUUAAAGCUCAACGACAACAAUUUUGGCGGUGAAAUUCCUGAUGCCUUGCAAAAUUGUUCAAGUUUGAGGAGUAUUGAUCUUGGAGACAACAAGUUAUCUGGGAAAAUACCUCUAUGGAUAGGAGGGUCAAACGUAUCUAAGUUGUCUAGGGUACGAUUACGGUCCAACUAUUUUAGUGGAUGUAUUUCCCAGCAACUGUGCAAUCUUCAAGGCCUUCACAUCCUCGACCUUAGUCACAACAGCCUUUCAGGUACUAUUCCCAUGUGUUUGGAUAAUUUAAAAUCUCUGGUCAAUGAUACUUAUGGUAGAUCUUAUGUUGAGUAUUAUAAAGGGUUUGAGCAAGCCACACUGACACUAAAAGGAGAAGAACUUGUGUACAACACAACUCUAUAUCUUGUAAAGAGCAUUGAUCUUUCAUCAAAUAAUUUAAAAGGUGAAAUCCCUGAAGAAAUAAGCAGCCUCAUUAUGUUGGGCACCUUGAAUUUAUCCAUGAAUCAAUUAAUUGGAAAGAUCCCUUCCAAGGUCGGAAACUUGCGUUGGCUUGAAACUCUUGAUCUCUCACACAACCACCUUUCGGGACAAAUUCCUCAAAGCUUGUCAUCUUUAACCUCUUUGUCCCACCUGGACUUGUCUUACAACAACUUGUCUGGAAGAAUUCCUACUGGAAACCAGCUUCAAACGCUCAAUUUUUCGUCCAUUUAUGUGGGCAAUCAAUGGUUAUGUGGCGUUCCUCUCUCAACUAAGUGCCAUGAUGACACUUUUAUUGCUAAAGAUGCAAAGGAGGAGAAUGAAGAUGGAAAGGAUAAGUUGUGGCUCUAUGUCAGCGUGGUACUUGGCUUUAUCGUAGGCUUUUGGGGCGUUUGCGGUACAUUGAUCUUAAAGAUAUCGUGGAGGUAUGCCUAUUUUCAAUUCUUCGAUGACAUCAAAGAUAAGGUAGCACUGGCAAUUGCAUUAAAAGUGGCUCGUUUCAAAAUGUUUUUAUUCUGAAAUUUGAUUGCCCUAAUAUAUAAUGUGAUGUUUUUUCCCUUCUACUUUGUGUUUUGGUACUUGCAAUAUAUGUAUUAAAUGAAGAAAUCCUUCAGUAAGUGUUCCCACAAACAAUUAUGUAACGGUUAUCCAUCUAAUACAAGAAUUCUAUCUAGUUUGUACUUAUCAAUCUACCUAUGUAAUGUUGCAAUUUAACAAAAUAACACUUGAAUGUCGUCCAACUCGGCGAGUGGUCGUCCAACUCGGCGAGUGGUAGUCCACCUCCGCCGCCUUCUUGAUGCUGCCAAAACCAUACAAAAAUGGGAGGAAGAAUUGGUGGUUCGAUAUCGUCGAGGGUUUUCUGGGAUUCCUGUUCCUUGCAGAGAGAGAGGUGGGAGAAUUCGAUGGCGUCUUCUGGGUUCCUGUCCCUUGCCGAGAGAGAUGGGAGAGGUAUUUGGCGUCUGUUGCAGAGAGAGAUUAGGGGGUUUGCACAGAGGGUGGGUGGGCGAUUCAAUUGAGGGGCUAGGGCUAGAGGGAUGGGGGCUCCAUCUCUAUUCUCGCUUGCUGAAACUUUCCGCUCUUCAGAAAUAUAACCGUUGGAUCAUUUGCUAGCAAUUAGUAGAGGGGGAUGGGGGCUUCAUCUCUAUUCUCGCUUGCUGAAACUUUCCGCUCUUCAGAAAGCAUAUGGGAACAUGGCACGCUAGGUGUCCGAUGAAAUGUGUCUGAGAAUCCGUCAAUAUGAUAUAUUAUAAUUUUGACCCUCCGCUUCAGCUCCGGCCUCAGGUGCGUGAAGGCGAAGUGGUCCUGGUCGACUGUCUCUUCCUCCACAGUUCUGGACGAUGGUUCCGAAGCUCUGGCGAUUCCGACUGAGAAAGAGGUCAAUAACAAGAAGUUGAAGAGGAUCCUGCUGAUGCUGAACCUAAAUUUAACCCUUUUACUGGAUCUGGAAGACGCUUGGAUGGGAAGCCUUUGAAAUAUAAGCCAGCACCAGCUUCUUCCUCAGGAUCCAAAGACAAGAAACCUGCAGUCACCGAUGGAAAUGCACAACCUUCUACAGGAUCUAGUUCACAAGCUACCAGUUGUCAGGCUCGGGGAAAACUUGUUUUCGGAUCAAAUGCCAGUCGCUCUCCAAAGGAGACAAAAAAAGGAAGCUGCAAAAGAGACUAAGAAAGAGAAACAGCCGGAAGUGAAAGAAGACCUGAAAUUCUAGCCUUUUAUCAACUUUUAGUCAGGUUCAAAUUUAGAAUGCAUUGGGGUAAAAUAGCUAGGGGAUAACGUUUUAGUCAGGUACAGAUAGCAACUGUUUUUUUUGUUUUUGGUUAUUUUUUCAUCUAGGGGAUAACUUUUUGUUGUUUAUUGAAAGGAAUAUUAGAACACAUCCACAUCCUAUUUUGUCAAAUUGUUCUAAAGUGUCUGAUGCUGAUUUUAGAAUUCUCCUGACUUUCAAGUUUAUUGGUUGUACUUAUUAUUGAUAUAGUGAAAGAUUGUUGUUGCUGUCCCGUGGACUUAGGCACGUAUUGCCAAACCACGUUA